UCACUAGAAGCACAUAUUACUAAUGCUUCUGCAAGACACAACGCUAACAAGAAUCCGUUAUGCGUCCUGGUAAUCGUAGCCAUACUCGUAGGAGCCAGCAGCAAAGCCCACGUCAACGACGAAUCCUUUCCGAGAGCGAGGAGUAUCAAGAGGAGCUCGAUAUUGAGGAACUCAACAAACAAGCCCAAGAUGAGAAGCGACGACAAUCCAAAUAUUUGACAAGAAACACAUCUAAGAGGCCACUUUUCCUCUUACUUGGCGAACAGGAAGAGGAAGACUAUGACCAGGAGGAGGAGGACCAGGACGAUGGAGACGACGAAGAAUUUAGGGAGGAAGAGGAGCGUGAGUUCGAUGGUAUAGGUGACUACGAGGCACAAGACGAUGAAAUAGGCCUUGAGGAGCUGAACUCGAAAAAUGAAUGCAUUAGACAAAUAAAUGCGAUUCAUCCAGAACCCAAAUACCCUUUUAAACGAAAGGAAGGACGAUUCCUAUGGAGUCCAGAGGCAACAAGCCUACUCCUAGACCUUUGGAAGGCAAGUCGAAUGGAACUUGUAACUAUGUCUAAAAAGAAUACAACCAUAUACAAACGUAUUACUGAAAAGCUAAGAGGCUUUGGCCUCAGGCAUUUGGAAGUCAAAAGCAAAAUGGACAAUAUGGCAAGAAAAUAUAGAAUCGAAGCGGAUAAAGUGCGUAAUACGGGCGAACCUUCAAAGUGGGAAUAUUUUCAUAAAACCCAAGCGUGCCUCAUUGGCACUAAAAGUGUCGAUGUCUUUGAGGAAAUUAUGUUUGAGAAAUCAGCAACAGCAGCAGACGAUACGAACUCUCGCUUAGACGAAGAUUCUGAAAUAAAUGAUGAAUCUACUACAAAUUUCAUUAAAUUAGAGGACAAUACGGAGGAAAUUGACCCGGACCCAGAACCAGAGCCAGAAAUGCCAAUAGAAGAUGAUGAACCAAAGGAGUCGAAAAAAUUUAUUAAAAAUAGCUUUAGCAAUAAUCAAGAGAAUUGUCAUGCAAAUGAGCAAUUGGAUGAAUCUUGUGCCCAAAGUACAACCAUAGCGGGUAAAUCGAAAAAGAGAAAAAUAGCCGAUACAUUGAUGCGAAUCGAAGAAGAGAAACUUGCUAUUGAGAAAGAGAAACUCCAGAUAAUGAAGCAAACGUCGAAAGAGUUAAAAUUAUUCCAUAGAGAUUUAUUGCGGAUGUUUAAAGAAAAGUAAAACUACAAAAAAAAAAAAAUCAAACCAAACCAAACUA